AUGAAGAUUUCUGCUACCAAAUUAACUACUGCCCUAAUGGGUGCUUCUGUUGUCGCUGCUUUACCUCAUGCUGACAUCAACGUCGACGAAUGUACCACUACCGUUGCUGCUUCUCACCACCACAACAAGAGAGCCAUCGCUGUUGAAUACGUCUACGAAACUGUCAUUGUUGAUUCUAACGGUAACACCAUCUCUGGUCUAACCGCUCAAUCCACUGCCACUGCUUUCGCUAAGACUGCUUCCACCGGUGCCACCACCACUUUAGCUCCAACUACCUCCAAGACUGCUGCCACUGCUUCCACCUCCACUGCUUCCACCUCCACUGCUGCCGCUUCCACUGCCGCUGCUUCUUCUUCUUCUACUGGCGGUAUCUACGGUGACUUAGCCUCUUUUGUUGCCCCAUCUGAAGCCUUUGAAGAUGGUACUAUUGCUUGUAGCUCUUUCCCAUCCGGUCAAGGUGUUAUUUCCGUCUCCUGGAUGAACCAAAACGGUUGGACUGGUAUUGAAAACACUGACACCUCCACUGGUGGUUCUUGUGCUGAAGGUUCUUACUGUUCUUACGCUUGUCAACCAGGUAUGUCUAAGACCCAAUGGCCAAGUGAACAACCAGCUGAUGGUAGAUCCAUUGGUGGUUUACUAUGUAAAGGUGGUUACUUAUACCGUACUAACACUGACACCGAUUACUUAUGUGAAUGGGGUGCCGACACUGCUGAAGUUGUCUCUGAAAUCUCUGAAGGUGUUGCCAUCUGUAGAACUGAUUACCCAGGUACUGAAAACAUGGUCAUUCCAACUUAUGUUGAAGCUGGUUCCACUUUACCAUUAACUGUUGUCGACGAAGACACUUACUACAAGUGGGAAGGUAAGCUAACUUCUGCUCAAUACUACGUUAACAAUGCCGGUGUUUCUGCUGAAGAUGGUUGUAUCUGGGGUACUGAAGGUUCCGGUAUCGGUAACUGGGCUCCAUUAAACUUUGGUGCUGGUUACACUGACGGUAUCAGUUACUUGUCCUUAAUUCCAAAUCCAAACAACAAUACUCCAUUAAACUUCAACGUUAAGAUUGUUGCUGCUGAUGACAACUCCGUUGUUAACGGUGAAUGUUACUACGAAAACGGUAGUUUCUCCGGUAGUUCAGACGGUUGUACCGUUGCUGUUACUUCUGGUAAGGCUAAGUUUGUCUUGUAUUAA